CGAGCGAGGCGGCAGAGAAGGGGAGGGAAGAAAGUUGGUUUCCCCCGACGUCAGCGCCGGGCGGGCCGCGGCGGCCGCGGAGCCAGGAGGCGGCCGGGAGCGGGGCCGAGCGCGGGGCGGCCGGGGCGCGCUCGCUCCGACCCGCGCCUGCCACCCCCGCCUCGGACCCGCGCCCGCCACCGCCGCCGGCGACCCCGGGGCGGNNCGCGGGCAUGGACAGCGCGGCCGGCGCCGCCUUCGCCCCGGACAAGCCGGCGCUGGGCCCGGGGCCGCCGCCGCCGCCGCCGCCGCCGCCAGCGCUGGGGCCCGGCGACUGCGCCCAGGCGCGCAAGAACUUCACCGUCAGCCACCUCCUGGACCUGGAGGAGGUGGCGGCGGCCGGGCGGCUAGCGCCGCGCCCCGCGGCCAGGGCAGAGGCGCGGGAGGGCGCGGCGCGCGAGCCGUCCGGGGGCAGCAGCGGCAGCGAAGCGGCGCCGCAGGACGGUGAGUGUCCCAGCCCCGGGCGCGGCGGCGCCGCCAAGCGGAAGAAGAAGCAGCGGCGGAACCGCACCACGUUCAACAGCAGCCAGCUGCAGGCGCUGGAGCGCGUGUUCGAGCGCACGCACUACCCCGACGCCUUCGUGCGGGAGGAGCUAGCCCGGCGCGUCAACCUCAGCGAGGCGCGUGUCCAGGUCUGGUUUCAGAACCGCCGGGCCAAGUUCCGCCGAAACGAGCGGGCCAUGCUGGCCAACCGCUCAGCCUCGCUGCUCAAGUCCUACAGCCAGGAAGCCGCCAUCGAGCAGCCCGUGGCUCCCCGGCCCACUGCCCUGAGCCCCGAUUAUCUCUCCUGGACGGCCUCGUCCCCCUACAGCACGGUGCCGCCAUACAGCCCAGGAGGCUCAGGCCCUGCGACCCCAGGGGUCAACAUGGCCAACAGCAUCGCCAGCCUUCGUCUCAAGGCCAAGGAGUUCAGCCUGCAUCAUAGCCAGGUGCCCACGGUGAACUGACAGCCAGCCCCACCAGGCCCCCGCCGCCUCCCUGGCUGCCUCCCCGCUGCCUCCCUGGACAGGCUGGGUGGGCUCUCCUGGCCCCUCUCUUCAGCCCGGACUUCUGAGCCCAAGAGGCUGCUGAGAUGCCCAGAGCCUGGCUCAGCCCUUCAUCCACGGCCACUGGAGACUGCGGCCCCUGACCCUGGAGGUGCUGGGCUGGAAGGUU